UGAAAUUCUAUAACACUCCCCAUGUUUAUCAAUAACUGAUAGCGAAGUUGGUGAGCUUGGAGUUUAGUCUGUGGGACUUGGGAAAUGUCCACUAAAGCUAUUUAAGGAAAAAAGAUAGCGAUCUAAGGUCUCGUUUCCCUUUAAGUCAGUGGAAGCCAUCAAAAACCACAAUGAAGCAGAUAGUAUUGUUUGUUAUCGUCAUUUCGAGCUGUAGAACUUUUAUAACGGAAAGCAAUGGAUUUGCGAUAAAGGAUAUCACAGAUAGAACCAGUAAAAGAGGACCAAUUUACAACAUAGUCUUCGCAAGACAGAGAAGGCCACAAAAAUUACAGAACUUCAAUGAGGAAUACUUAGAAAAUACACUUUCUAGACAGAUUGGCUUAGAAUCAUCUAGAACUCGACGCUCGCCCCAGGACCACUGGCCGUGGGAGAUCCCGUACCCACCGGAGUGGAUUCCUGAUUGGGGAAGCCGGAAGCACCGGAAGCACCACAAGCGAGUAUGGCCUGAUUACAAAACGUAUAGAACACCUUACGAGGAUAAAACACGAGAAAAAGACCAUAGCUUUUGAUGAAGAAACCCACGUUUAGUAUGGUUUAUAUCGUCGUAGCUAUAGUUAUAACCCCACGUUUAGUAUAGUUUAUAUCAUCGUAGCUAUAAAAGUAUCAAUAGUUAUAACCCCAAAAGAACAUCGAAGAGAGCCGGUAUUUCAGAGCAAAUUAAGACAAUUUUAGGAUUUUAUCCCCUUCGUUAUUGUUUUCCAUAAGUUGAACAAUUCUUUUGAUAAAUCCUGGAUGCGCAACCGCCUCUAAAAUAGUCAAAUUCCUCUAAGAAGAGUAAAACAGCUCAUUAGCAACUUAUGAGCUAGCUAUCCAAGUGAUCGUGCAACGAAAGUAGAUGAGAAUAUAAGCGUAUUAAUAUCUGAUAAUACAGUACUCGGUUAUUAUUUAUUUUAUCAGUUAACAUAUCAGUAUACAUAACAACUGAUCUUACGGACCCUACAAUAGGCAAGUCCUUUGAUAUCUAAUGGCGAUAACUUUCUAUUGAUACGUUGCGCACGCAAAUAUUAGUAUCAGGGAAGUGAAAUAAGGUAUUUAAACAAUGAGCUGGUGCUUAUAGUAAGUACCAUUUAUCAGAACCCUUCUCGUCACAUUUAAAGUGCGACGUGCAGUACCGUAAUAGUGGACAAAGCUAUGAGAGAGUAAGCCAAUAAGCGAGCAUUAUAAUUUUAAUUGAUACAAACUUAAAGCUCAAAAGCUUCCGUAUUGAUCUGGGGCCGGUUCCUAGAAAGCAGACUACUGCUAACCUUGGGAUAAAUACGGAUAUCUUGACAUUUAAUUGGAUAAAACGGGCAUUCAUCCCUGGGUUAAUGUUAACCGGUUUUCUAGGAACUCGACCCUGAUCCACACUCUGACUUGUUCGCGCUGAUUGGCGCGAAUGGUAUGGUUGCGCGAAUAGCAUUAAAAGGUCUAGUUAGCCGUUCUUUCCAUGUACCGUUCCAAAUACAAAAGAAUCAAUUUGAUUGAUCUAUGUUCAUUUGUGUUUGGAACGGUACAUGAAAAGAACGGCGUUUGUUCGAGGUCUAAGAUGAAGGGCUGCAAAAGUACAAUUGACGCCGGCUCUCUGAAUCAAACGGAGCUUAAGAUAGUCAAGUUGAGUUUUGAAAGGGUUAUGCAUUCAUAUAUAUUUGUUUGAUGCAAAAUUUAUCCAUCAAUAAAAGGGACCAUCUCAUGCUCUCACAA